GGGCUUGUGCCACAUGGAGUGGGUGAGGUGCGGCUGCGGCUGCGUCCAGCACGUGGCGGACACCAGGACAAGUACCACCGCAGCGCCUACAAGUACCACCGCAGCGUCUACCACAAGUACCACCACAGCGCCUACCACCAGUACCACCACAGCGCCUACCACAAGUACCACCACAAGGCCUACCACAAGUACCACCACAGCGCCUACAAGUACCACCGCAGCGCCUACCACCAGUACCACCACAGCGACUACGGCGGGCAGUUCCCCCAGCACCACCGAGGCCGUGACCAGCGCCACCGAGGUGGAGACCAACAGCACCCAAGCCGUGACCAGCGCCAGUGGGACCACAGCAACAGUGGCCUGGACGUGGCGGAAUUACAUGGCCUGCGUAGAGCAGUUGAAAAGGUUCUAGACCUGGAGCCCUUUAAGACUUUCAAAGCAUCUGAUAACCACUCUGUUAAUCCCGAGAAGACGGUGUGA